CAUUGUUAAAAAUUGUCUAUGAUCGCAUCAUAUGAUCAAUGCAACUCCGAUUGAUUUGCUUCUAUUUUAUCUCUUUGGGUUUGACUGCGCCUCUGGUCUCAAAAUUUAGAGAAAACGUAAUUCUCAAGUUUUCUCUGAAAAGAUUAGAAGCGGGCAGAAUGAAGGGCUGCAUAUUUAACAUCGAUGCUGGGUAUCUCGAGGGUCUGUGCCGUGGUUUCAAAUGUGGAAUCCUGAAACAAUCUGAUUACUUGAACUUGGUGCAAUGUGAAACACUGGAAGAUCUUAAACUGCAUCUACAAGGCACAGACUAUGGCACCUUUUUGGCUAAUGAGCCGAGCCCACUUUCGGUUUCCACAAUUGACGAUAAGCUUCGUGAGAAGCUCGUCAUCGAAUUUCAACAUUUAAGGAAUCAUUCUGUGGAGCCUUUGUCCACAUUCUUGGACUUUAUCACCUACAGCUAUAUGAUUGACAAUAUCAUAUUGUUGAUUACUGGUACUCUCCAUCAGAGACCAAUUUCUGAGCUCAUUCCAAAAUGCCACCCACUGGGCUCAUUUGAACAGAUGGAAGCUAUUCAUGUCGCUGCUACGCCGGCAGAGCUUUACAAUGCGGUACUGGUGGACACACCUCUGGCACCUUUCUUUGUUGACUGCAUUAGUGAGCAGGACUUAGAUGAAAUGAAUAUUGAGAUCAUUCGUAACACCUUGUACAAGGCAUACCUGGAAGCAUUCUAUGAUUUCUGCAAGCAGAUUGGUGGUACUACAGCUGAUGUGAUGUGUGAAAUCUUAGCAUUUGAAGCUGAUCGUCGUGCUAUCAUCAUUACUAUCAAUUCAUUUGGAACAGAACUGUCUAAGGAUGACCGUGCAAAGUUGUACCCUCGCUGUGGAAAGUUGAACCCUGAUGGUUUGGCUGCUUUGGCUCGUGCUGAUGACUAUGAACAAGUUAAGGCUGUUGCAGAGUAUUAUGCUGAGUAUUCUGCACUGUUUGAGGGAGCUGGAAACAAUGUUGGUGACAAAACAUUGGAAGAUAAGUUCUUUGAACAUGAGGUGAACCUGAAUGUCCAUGCUUUUCUGCAGCAGUUCCAUUUUGGAGUGUUCUAUUCAUACCUUAAGUUGAAAGAGCAGGAAUGCCGAAACAUUGUAUGGAUUAGUGAAUGUGUUGCCCAGAAGCAUCGCGCCAAAAUUGACAACUACAUUCCAAUCUUCUAAAUUUCAUCUUGCAAAUGAAUUCUCUUGCUUUGUAUAUAAUCCCAAAUGAAUGCAAGUUAUGAAUAACAAUUUCUAAACACUAUGACUUUAAAUUGUAUGAAAAUAUUUACUGCAACUGUACAGUAUUAUGACACAUGUUAAAGUAAAGAUAUAAUGCAAGAUUCUCCACAACUAUUAUUCGCGAUUGUGCAUCUUGAUUGUUUGAAUCUUUCAAUUUUAUUAACAACAUUACAGGACCCGAAAUCCUACCUUAUUUAUAAAUGCUUCAUAAAAAUGAGAAUAUAAAGAAAAUUAAACAGCUUCAAAAGCAAUUAUGAUGUGAACAGAGUUAAAACUUUUAUGCAACAAUUUUAUAAAGAUCCAGAAAUUGUAUUUCUUAAUAACAUUCCUAUAGCAUCUGUUGCAUAAUUGUAUUUUGGUAGAAAUGUUGAUGUAUAUAGCAUAGUAAAUUAUUAUGAGACUAUUAAAACUAUGGUUUCUCUUGUUCUGUCAUCUCUGUAUGUAGGUACAUUGAAUUUCUUAUUAUCUUGGUAUGAAUUAUUGUUAUACUAGAGAUAAAGAACUGAAGUGGUCUAUGAUACAAUAAAUAUUGAGAUUAAAGUAAAACAUUUGAAGUCAGUAUGUGGCAUGUGCAUUAUUAACCUGCUAUAUGGAGCAGAGCACCCAUUUUUAAUAUUGAUCCCUCUGUAAACUUAUGAUCAAUAUAGUUGGAAACACUACUGAUAGCUAAAAGUUUACCCAGAUAAAAUAAAGUACAAAAACAUAAUUACAAUAAAUGUUUGUUGCAGGAACAACUGAUAAAACUUUAUCCGCAAAGUUAGAUAGAUUUAGAAGUUUAAUAUAUUAUGUAUUGCACAGAAACUAUUAAAUAGACUACUUUAGUUCCAGGAUAAUAUGUAUAUUAAUCUGUUUAAAAAUAUAUGAAAUUAUUAUAA